AUGGAUUGUUCUUCUUCUUCUUCGAGUACCACUUCUCAUCACCACCGCUCUUCCUCCAAAACCAAGUCUUCAUCUCGCUUAGCUCGAAUCGGAGAAAAUGGAACACUGGAGCCUCUUCGCAUAUCUCUCGACACGGUUCCUUCACCAACCCCUUCUCCUCUCUCUCUUCUUCGAUCUCCGACGAAUUCUCUUCCCCUCAGAGAGCUCCUCCUCCUCUCCCCUUCUCCGGUGAGAAAGUCCAAGGCCCGCUACGACGAGGAGUUGCCGGAAACCGCCUCCGGGGUGCGCCGCCGCUGCAAGGGCCGAGUGGCGCAAAUGGGCAUGCUUGCAUCGCCAAGGAACUCUCGUAGGUCGAGAAGGGAAGAAAAAGAAGUUGUGGGGUUGGUGGAUGAAGUUGGAAAACAGAGGAAGAGAAGACACAGUGGAAGACCCAAGAAGGAAAAACUUAGCUUGGUCCCUUUUCUACCUCCUUCAACUUCUUCUCCAACUCCAAAAGCUGAAGAAGAGAAUGGAGGUGAUUUAGAUCGUGUUGGGCACCUGAUUACUGAUUUGGUUAUGUGGAAUGAUGUAUCAAAAUCGACCCUUUGGUUUGGUUUCGGGUCUCUUUGUUUCUUAUCUUCUUGCUUCACUAAAGGACUCAACUUUAGUAUUUUCUCGGCCAUUUCGCAAUUGGCAAUCAUCUUGUUGGUUUUUUCGUUCUUCUCAAAUUCAGUUUGUCAAAGAAACCAGGUUGAGAAAAGGGGUUAUGCCAAGCUGAAAGAAGAUGACAUUUUACGUCUUGCAAAAUUGAUUCUUCCUGCUUUAAAUUUUGCAAUUUCAAAGACUAGUGAGCUAUUCUCAGGAGAACCAUCCAUGACCUUGAAAUUAGCUCCUUUCCUUAUAUUAGGAGCAGAGUAUGGCCAUCUUAUUACAAUUUGGAGGCUUUGUGCCAUUGGAUUUUUUGUCAGCUUCAGUGUCCCAAAGCUUUAUUCUUGCUACUCAGCUCAGAUAAACCAGAGGGCUGAGUGCUUGAAAUUGCGAUUGUUGGACACAUGGAGUGCAUGCACACACAAGAAGAUAGUGAUUGCAUCAGCACUUAUUACCUUCUGGAAUCUAUCUACUAUAAAGACACGAAUUUCCACAGCAUUUAUAUUGCUUGUAAUACUCAAAUAUUUUCGGCAAAAUGUCACGCAACAAGUAGAAGAUGGAGAAGCAAAAGUGGCUGAGAAGGAACAGCAGCAGGCACUAGUGGUGGCAGAACCAGAGGAAGAGGAACAACUGCAGGCAUUAGUGGUUGCAGAAAAAAGGCGCCAACGCUAGAAACUUAGUUCAUCCUGCCAUAUCUUGACACUUAA